ACCGAGCGGCGGGCGGAAGCCAUGUUGAAGCUGCACCCCAAGCGAGGGGCUGCGGGCGCGCUCCUCUCCUGGUGGGUGUGACCCGGCUCCGCGCGGCGGCGGAGGGCGGGGACGCCGGGCGGCUCGUCGUGGUCGGCGGCGGCCGCGGCGUGCAGCCGGGCGAUUGUGACCGGCGGCGGAGCCGGGCGGCCCCCCUGAACGCCCCCCUCCCCGGGCCGGGAGGGAGGUGGGGGGCACCCGGGGCCCGCCAUGAACCCCGGCUUCGACCUGUCCCGCCGGAACCCUCAGGAGGACUUCGAGCUGAUCCAGCGCAUCGGAAGCGGCACCUACGGCGACGUAUACAAGGCACGGAAUGUUAACACUGGAGAAUUAGCAGCAAUUAAAGUGAUAAAGUUGGAACCAGGGGAAGACUUUGCCGUUGUACAGCAAGAAAUCAUUAUGAUGAAAGACUGCAAACACUCAAACAUUGUUGCUUAUUUUGGAAGCUAUCUCAGGCGAGAUAAACUUUGGAUCUGCAUGGAGUUCUGUGGUGGUGGUUCCUUACAGGAUAUAUAUCAUGUAACUGGACCCCUCUCAGAACUGCAGAUUGCGUAUGUUAGCAGAGAAACACUACAGGGAUUGUAUUAUCUUCACAGUAAAGGAAAAAUGCACAGAGAUAUAAAGGGCGCUAACAUUCUAUUAACGGAUAAUGGUCAUGUGAAAUUAGCUGACUUUGGAGUUUCUGCACAGAUAACAGCUACAAUUGCCAAACGGAAGUCCUUCAUUGGUACCCCAUAUUGGAUGGCCCCAGAAGUUGCAGCUGUUGAGAGGAAAGGAGGGUACAAUCAGCUGUGUGACCUCUGGGCAGUGGGCAUCACUGCCAUCGAGCUGGCCGAGCUCCAGCCACCCAUGUUUGACCUUCACCCCAUGAGGGCAUUGUUUCUAAUGACAAAAAGCAAUUUCCAGCCUCCCAAACUCAAAGAUAAGUUGAAGUGGUCACAUAGUUUCCAUCACUUUGUGAAGAUGGCACUUACCAAAAAUCCAAAAAAAAGACCAACUGCAGAAAAGCUACUACAGCACCCCUUUGUCACCCAGCCUCUGACAAGGUCUUUGGCAAUAGAAUUGCUGGAUAAAGUGAAUAACCCAGAUCAUUCCACAUACCAUGAUUUUGAUGAUGAUGACCCUGAGCCUCUUGUUGCUGUACCACAUAGAAUUCCUUCAACAAGUAGAAAUGUGAGAGAAGAAAAAACCCGCUCAGAGAUAAACUUUGGCCAAGUAAAGUUUGAUCCUCCCUUACGGAAGGAAACAGAGCCACAUCAUGAACUUCCCGACAGUGAUGGUUUUUUCGACAGUUCAGAAGAAAUAUACUACACUGCAAGAUCUAAUCUGGAUCUACAAUUAGAAUAUGGACAAGGACACCAAAGUAAUUACUUUCUAGGUGGAAACAAGAACUGUAUUCUAUAUAACGAGUCAUUCUCAAGGAGUCUUCUAAAGUCUGUUGAAGAAGAAUUACAUCAGCGAGGACACGUGGCUCACUUAGAAGAUGAUGAAGGUGAUGAUGAUGACUCUAAACGUUCAACCAUGAAAGCAAAAGUCCCGCCUCCUCUGCCACCAAAGCCUAAAUCCAUCUUCAUACCACAGGAUACACAUUCUGCUGAGGAUGGUAAUCAAGGAACAAUCAAGAGAUGUCCCUCAUCAGGGAGCCCAGCAAAGCCAUCCCACGUUCCACCUAGACCACCUCCCCCCAGAUUACCCCCACAGAAGCCUGCUGCUUUAGGAAAUGGAGUGAGCUCCUUCCAGCUAAAUGGUGAGCGAGAUGGAUCAUUACAUCAGCAACAGAGUGAGCACAGAGGCACAAACCUCUCCAGAAAAGAGAAGAAGGAUAUACCAAAGCCAAUUAGUAAUGGUCUUCCCCCAACACCUAAAGUGCAUAUGGGAGCAUGUUUUUCAAAGGUUUUUAAUGGCUGUCCCUUGAAAAUCCACUGUGCCACAUCCUGGAUAAACCCAGACACGAGAGAUCAGUACUUGAUAUUUGGUGCUGAAGAGGGCAUUUAUACCCUUAAUCUCAAUGAACUUCAUGAGACAUCAAUGGAACAGCUGUUCCCCCGAAGGUGUACAUGGUUAUACGUGAUGAACAAUUGCUUACUAUCAAUAUCUGGUAAAGCUUCUCAGCUUUAUUCCCAUAAUUUACCAGGGCUUUUUGAUUAUGCAAGACAGAUGCAAAAGUUACCUGUAGCAAUUCCAGCACACAAGCUCCCCGAUAGAAUACUGCCAAGGAAAUUUGCUGUAUCAGCAAAAAUCCCUGAAACCAAGUGGUGUCAGAAGUGCUGUGUGGUAAGAAAUCCUUACACGGGCCAUAAAUACCUGUGUGGGGCACUUCAGACUAGCAUUGUUCUAUUAGAAUGGGUUGAACCAAUGCAGAAAUUUAUGUUAAUUAAGCACAUAGACUUUCCGAUGCCGUGUCCACUCCGGAUGUUUGAGAUGUUGGUGGUCCCUGAGCAGGAGUAUCCUCUGGUUUGUGUUGGGGUCAGCAGAGGGCGAGACUUCAACCAAGUGGUUCAAUUUGAGACUGUCAAUCCAAAUUCUACCUCGUCGUGGUUUACAGAAUCAGAGUCAAGUGUGGUGGCACACACCUGUAAUCCCAGCACUUCGGAGGUGGAGGCAGGAAGAUCAGGAGUUCGAGACCAAUCUCAGCUACAUAAUACCCCACAGACAAACGUCACCCAUGUAACCCAGCUGGAGAGAGACACCAUCCUUGUGUGCUUGGAUUGUUGCAUAAAAAUAGUGAAUCUCCAAGGAAGAUUAAAAUCCAGCAGGAAAUUAUCAUCAGAACUCACCUUCGAUUUCCAGAUAGAAUCCAUAGUUUGUCUACAAGACAGUGUGCUUGCUUUCUGGAAACACGGGAUGCAAGGUAGAAGUUUUAGAUCUAAUGAGGUAACACAAGAAAUUUCAGAUAAUACAAGAAUUUUCAGGCUCCUUGGAUCUGACAGGGUUGUGGUUUUGGAAAGUAGGCCAACUGAUAACCCAACAGCAAAUAGCAAUUUAUACAUCUUGGCGGGUCAUGAAAACAGCUACUGAAGACAUGGUGUUCUUGACAGUGAUAUGGAGAAACAGUGACCACGGCUGCUGCCGCCUUCGUGGAUGCGUGGAGCAAGCUACACAGAAGCUGUAGGCACCUGGCUUCAGUUCCUUCUAAUUUAUUGUGGCAUGAGACAGAUGGGAGAAUUUUUGUUUUAAGUGGUAUGAUAUAUUUAGCAUAUUGAACCACACAAGUGCUUAAUUCAUUGUUAUGUAAUCUUUGUACAUAUAAGCAGUAUUUUUCUGUGAAACUUCAUUUGUUGAAGACAUACACUAAGAAUUAAUGUAGAUAAUGUACUUUUAUGAGAUGUAAAAGUGUCUUAUCUGUACAGAUGUAAAUGUUGAUUAAAAUGCAACUGGGGUUAAUAUUUUAAGAAUUCCUUAGUAUAUUCUUGGAUGUGAUUAUAUUACAAAAUGGGAUGCUGGCAAUGAAACAAGACAUUAACACUAUUGUAUUUUUAUUAUAUGUAAUUAGUAAUAUGGAUAUAAAUCUUGUAACUUUUAAAAUGGUAACGAGCUCUGAUCAUUUUAUAAUCUUGUUUUUAAUUCUAAUGCAAGUGCACUGGUAUUUCUCCUUGCACAGAGUAUUGAUCUGUGAUGUACUGAGUCACAGGGAAAGCUGUGACACCGUGAGUAUGCAUUUGGCUCCACAACAACUUUUUUUUAACGUGUGUUUGGAUCAUUUUCUAUGUGAAACAAACUGAUUAACCACCUGUUGUAGUAACUGAUCUUUUUAUAUUUAAGCAGAAUCGUGUAAGAUUGCUUGUCUGUGUUUAGGAUACGCCUCUGAAAAAAACUGAAAUCACCGAAUGGCGGUACCAUGAUAGAACACUGCAGUUGUCAUCUGGGUUACGGUGUACACAAAGACUACACUAACACUGUUAAAGAGUCCACACUAGACAUUUCACAUGGUCACACUGAAAAAAAUGUAACAUUCCAGAGUGAAGAGAUCAAAUUUCUCAUGGAACUUUUACUUUUGUUGGCCUUAUUUUAUCGUCACUUUCAUAUUUCUUUUGAUUUAGAGUAUUAAUACAUGGCCAAAAUAAUUUAGUUUCUACCUCAUAUAAACAUUACAAUGGUUACUACACAUCACAGGAACUUAGUUUGGUUAAAAUCAUUUUUGAUUGGUUUUUUUUCUAGUGGAAUGUAUCUGUCUUGUCGCUAAGAUAGAUAUCAAGUUGUAGCAAAAUGCACACUUCUGGCUGUUUUUGGUAUAUGUUCUUUAUAUUUUGAUGUGAGUAUGUAUACACUAAGAACAAACUAAAUUGUGAUUUAUGCUUUUCAUUUAUUUUAAUUGAUAAUGGUUUUAAUAUGUUCCUGAUUGUACAUACUGUAAAAUAAACAUGUUUUUUAACAUGC